GUGUGUGAUUUUUAGUUAAAAGAUACAAGUUUUCCCUUAUUUUUUGUUUUAUUUUCACGUGUUGAUUUGUUUUAUUCGUUUCAUUUUCCAUACAUUUUUUGUGUUUAAAAUUCAAAGCCGAUUUUUGAUCACUGUGUGACAAGAAUCUACAAAAAAUAUAUAUUGCAAUUCAGUGUAAAUAAAUUUGUCUACUUUUUUUGUAAAAUAAAAGUUCGCCGGCAGAAAAGCCAUUUUGAAAAAGAAAAUCAUUGAAAAUGGCCACAAAGCUUGAUGAUAAGUCCUCCGAUAUACCGGAGAGACUUUAUGAUUCCACCAACAAUAGAACUUACAAACGUAUGCGGUUCUUUGGCAAGGGUGGUUUUGCAAAAUGCUAUGAAAUCAUUGAUGUGGUCACGAAUGAUGUGUAUGCUGGUAAAAUAGUUUCCAAGAAGCUAAUGAUGAAACACAAUCAAAAAGAGAAAAUGACCCAAGAGAUUACCAUACAUCGCAGCCUUAAUCAUCCCAAUAUUGUAAAGUUUCAUGGCUUCUUUGAGGAUAGUUCCAAUAUUUACAUAGUGCUGGAAUUGUGUAAGAAAAGAUCUAUGAUGGAGUUGCACAAACGUAGAAAAACUAUAACCGAAUACGAGUGUCGUUAUUACAUCUAUCAAAUCAUACAGGGUGUCAAGUAUUUGCACGACAAUCGCAUUAUACAUCGUGAUUUAAAAUUAGGCAAUUUGUUUUUGAACGAUAUGCUGCAUGUUAAAAUCGGUGAUUUUGGUUUAGCCACACGUAUUGAGUAUGAGGGCGAACGCAAAAAGACACUGUGCGGCACACCAAACUAUAUUGCCCCCGAGAUUUUAACCAAAAAGGGUCAUUCCUAUGAGGUGGACAUUUGGUCGAUCGGUUGUGUUAUGUACACUUUGCUGGUGGGCCAACCACCCUUCGAAACCAAGACCCUAAAGGAUACCUAUACGAAGAUUAAAAAAUGUGACUAUCGUGUACCCAGUUAUUUGCGUAAAUCUGCCGCCGAUAUGGUUAUAGCUAUGCUGCAAUCAAAUCCCGAAAGUCGUCCCACAAUUGGUGAUCUUUUACAUUUCGAAUUCUUAAGCAGUUCACCAGUGCCCACAUUCUUGCCCAGCUCUUGUCUAACCAUGGCACCACGUCUCGAGCUUAACGAGACCAUUGAUCAUGAGGCAGCCCAGCGUAAACCAUUGAGCGAAUUGAAUGGUCUUAAGGAUGAUACACGUCUAGAGUCAACAUUCCUUAAAAAUAAUCUGCAUGAUGCCAUAACGGCUUCGGCUCAAGCUUGUCGGCAUAAUGAAGAUUAUCGCAGCGACAUACAAAGUUUACAGCAACAGAUUACAAAUCUAUUAAAUGCUAAGCCCCGUUUAUUGCAAGGCAAUUUGGGUGAUGAAAAUACCGAUCCCGCGGCUCAGCCCUUGUUUUGGAUUUCCAAAUGGGUGGACUAUAGUGAUAAAUAUGGCUUUGGCUAUCAGUUGUGCGAUGAGGGUAUUGGUGUUAUGUUUAACGAUACCACUAAGCUUAUAUUGUUGCCAAAUCAAAUCAAUGUGCAUUUCAUUGACAAAGAAGGCAAGGAAUCCUAUAUGACCACUUCGGAUUAUGCCAAGACAUUGGAUAAAAAAAUGAAAUUACUCUCGUAUUUCAAGCGUUAUAUGACUGAACAUUUAGUUAAGGCGGGUGCCAAUAAUGUGAACUUUGAGUCUGAUCAAAUAUCACGUAUGCCACAUUUACAUUCCUGGUUUAGAACCACCUGUGCCGUGGUCAUGCAUUUAACCAAUGGCACUGUUCAGUUAAAUUUCUCGGAUCAUAUGAAAAUUAUUUUAUGUCCCCGCAUGAGUGCUAUAACAUAUAUGGAUCAUGAAAAGAAUUUCCGUACUUAUCGCUUCUCCACCAUUAUACAACAUGGCUGCUCAAAGGAUUUAUAUCAGAAAAUACGUUAUGCCCACGAAAAACUUAGUAAAAUGAUGGAAAAAAUGUUCUUUUAAGCUAUUUUUCUUUUUUUUUUAAUUAAAUUGUUCAUAUUGUUCAAUAUCAUUUACAUUGAAGCAUUCAAUUUCUAUGUUUUUUUUUAUAAAUUAUUUUCUUUAAGUUUUACCCAAAUUGUUAAACUAAGAAAUGAAAUUAAUUUGUGCAAGUGAUUUAUUGCUUGUUUAUUUUGCUGUAACAGAAAUUAUCUUGUGUCUUGUUAAAUUUUAUUUAAUGUUUAUAUUAUUUAUUUUCUGUUUAUUCACUUCAUCAUUCCUGUUCAUUUGCCUCAUGUACGUACUAUGUUCUUUUUCCUUUUUAUAUAUAUAUAAACGAUAUUUAAUGGAAACACAAGAAAGGAGUAUGCUUAUUUGAUUUUAAUAAUAAUUAUUUUAUUUUUGUAAGAUUUGUUAUUUUAGUGUAUUUUUAUUUACUUAUAUAUAAAUUCGCCUAUCGUCAUACGUAUUAUUUUGUAGUUGUCGCAUCAUUUAAAAAUAAAUUUAAUCAAUCCUUAAAAAAAUUCUAAAAAGCUUAUUUAAAAAUCUAAUCUAUUCACACGCCCCCAUACAUACAUUUUUUUUUUAUAUAUAUAAAUAAAGAAUAAACUUAAGUUUUACUUAAUAAAAAAAAAAAAACAAA